AUGAGCAAGCAUACCAACUUUAGACGCCACAAGAUGGCUGGUCAUGAUGCAGAAGGGCUGAAGAACUUCUGGGAAAAUGUCAUCCAAGAGCAAACUAAGCAACGAGAAGAUGAAGAGUCUAGGUUAAGCAAAAGUGCCCUGAACAAACUCCGCCAUGAAUGGACUCUGAGACUGGAAAGCCGAGCAAGGCAGGUCCAGGCGCACACAAAAACACGGAAAGAGCAGAUGACGCUGCUGUCCAUCGAGGCUCUUCCCUCGCCAGAUAAAACUGUUGCUUAA